UUUGCGAAUCUUUAUUAUCAAACGUCAAACAGGACUUCAAAAUCAAAAUGCUGCUAUACUAAUACUCAUAUUGUGUUCAAAAUAUAUUCUUUUCGAGCUUGUGGGUGUUCCUAAGGUUAUCCACACGGUAAUAGCUGAUCAAGAGGUCUGAGACUGAUCCUCGCGCGAUGCUGGUACCCGAUACCGGUCUGAGCAACGAGAUCCUAGUCAAGGUCAUCAGUCCCGAAGGGCAGACGUACGUGGCGAACUUCCAAGAGAACACCCUUAUAGAAGAGGUGAAAUUGAAAGCCAUCGGUCAUUUCUAUCCCGAUGGAGAAACCAGUUUGGGCCGAUACAAAAUAAUUCGCGUACUCGACGCGAAGACCCUACAUGAGUUCCUGACGCUUUUCCAAGAAGAAAUCACUACACAGGAGGAACUAAUGCUUGUUGAGAGGCGGAUACCGGACGCGGGAGCGCUGUGGGAUCUUGGGGCGGUCAGGGCGCCGCAACAGAGCACUAUAGCGGCAGUCACGGCCUCAUUACCGACCCCACAGAGCACGGUGAGGCAACCUAACCUACAAUCAUUGUUAUCGACAAACGAACUAUCCUUCGAGCUACGAAAGAUCCUGAUAUCCCUCAUCGAAGCCGGCGCAAGACUGGCGGCGGCCGGCCGUAAUUACGAGUCGUCUUUGGCUCAACUCUGCGCGGCUCUGGACCAGCCGAAGAGAGCUCAACAGACCCUGAUUCAAGUGAUUACUCCAGAAGAAAUAGCGGCCCGACUCAGCGAACAACAAUCGCGCGAAGAAGAACCCUCGACCUCUGAGAAAUCGAACGCGAACGACCUAUACGAGCGAGCCGGACAUUUGCAACGGUUUUUGGAGAAGUUUCGAGAAUGGAGGGUCAAGAUCGCCGAUCCUCCUACUCCGGAAGCGAUGGCCGCGUUGAUGGACCUGGGUUUUUCACACGAUGACGCAGAUAGAGCGUUGAGGAACACGGGGUGUAAUGUGGCCGCCGCUGCUUCUUGGCUGGUCGGGGAUAGGGGGUCAAGUGUCUUUGAGUUAGUAGACGGCCUGCCCGAUGGUCCUAUACUGCAGUCUUUACUAAAGCAGCCUCAGAUCCAACGAGGUCUGCUUAAUACGAGGAUGCUGAUAGCUUUCAUAGCUAUGGUCGGUCAAAGCGGAAGCGCGACGCUGUGGCUGAACUCCCCUCACGGGAGUCCGCUGCUGUCUCAAAUCUCGAGAACAUAUCAUUCCGAGAAGUACUGCUCGGCCGUGAAUCAGUUCUCGAACGAGAUGGAACAGAUUAAUCCGAAGGUCCCAGGUCUGUACUGGAGUGGAGGAGACGUGAUACACGACAAUGGCUUCGGCUGUUACGCCCAAAGGGGAAGACGGACGCCCAUCGGAGCCGAGAACUAUCACUACUCACAUUCUCUUCCCGGUCUUCUGUCGAUGCGCGUGACAAAGGACGAUGAAAUGUGCGGCAUAUUUAAUAUAACCUUCAAACCGCUGCCUCAAUUCGAUCUACGGAACGUUGUCUUUGGAAGAGUAAUUCUGCCGUGCGAGACUUUUGAAGUGAUUCGCGGCUUAGGCGCCCCGCUCAGCUCGCGUCCGGUCGUGGAGAUAUCGGCGGCAAAACACCGCGUCGACAACCGCUGGGUGUACGGAAAGCCUAAUAGUAGAAUUAAAAACUGAUGUACGAUUUAUUUUCCAAUAAUAAAGAUGUGUUUGUC